CGUGUCGGUAGACUAGCACAUCAUCAUCAUGCAGGAUACAUUGUUGCGGCUGCAAUGAUGUACGAGUACGAAUAAGAAGAGGCGCUGCAGGUACGGCGAGAGAUUAUUUGGUUUCACACGUACCCCUAUAAAACCCGUUUCUCCCAUAAUGUCGGGCGGGGAUCUUCGCGUUCUUCGCCAAGAGCCAGGGCAGGAGAGCCCGAGGAUGCCGGCCUGGAAACGCGAGAUCCUUGAGCGGAGAAAGGCGAAGGGCGGUGGGUCCGGAGCAGGUGCCGAGUCCGUCGCAUCUCGACUUAACGGCGAGGUAACGGCCAGCAAAAGCAAGGAUGAUAUUAGCAGCGCACAUUCUAGCAGGAACUAUACCAUUACCGCUGCCAAGCGCGCGACCAAAAGCCCGGAUCUGUCACCGGUGAAAACAAAAGAGCACUGGCCAUCUGCGGACCCGAGCCACACGGAGGAGAGAACGGCGAGAGACAACGGAGCGCAUGAGAGCCUGGUAUUGCAAGAGAGCUUGGGUCCGCUGCAGGAAAACCCAUUCAUUAAACUGGAAAAAGAACGCAAGAAGCGCCAGAGCCAAGAGAACGCCGCGCGACCGGUUCAGCACAUCCUCGAGUUAUACGGCGGCGUUCCCGGGAUACGGACUAUACGCGCUGAGAAUAUCAUCAUUAUUGAAUCCGACCCGGAGUACUUCUCGGAAGGAUGUGGUUUGAAGCAUGCAUCGAAACUGCAGCAGAACGGCACGGUGAGCGGAUACAGCUCUCUCAAUGACCUGUUAGACCGGAGAGGUAGUCCGGUUACGGAGAUACGCGCGAAGGAAGUCGUCAUUUACGAUACUGCGCUUAGUAAAAGCGAGGAGAACCUCAGCACGCUGGGACGACCGGCGUCCGCCCCGCUGGAGGGGCAAGGAAGGGUGAGUCGCAUGUUACAGAAAUUUGACAGGAAUUAUGGCAAGUUGCAGGCCAAGUCACGCAGCACGGAAAACCUCUUGGACUUGGACUCUAGUCCUAUCAGGCCAAGCUCCAGACCCAAGCCAGAUGUGGUGCCAAAAUGCCCAGUGUCUCCGCAAGCGAGCUCUCCACACAGCAAGGUCUUCCAAAAUGUCCAGUCUUCCAUGAGCAACCAUCACGCCUCUCCUAGUGACUCAGGGAGUAGUACACCCGUUUCUGGAUCCCCUCAGUUAGUGUCUUCCUCACGUAGACGUUUCGAGGGGAGCGGGGGACGAAGUGUCACUUUGUAUCCCAAGGAGGACACUGAGAGGUCUCCGUCCAAGCCUGUUAGAGAACGAGACUGGGACAGCACAGAUGGGGCCUCUAAAGCCAAGGUGCCAUGCUCUCCGGAGAGCCACCGUGCCCGUGCCGACUGUUCUCCUAGCCCCACAUCGCCCCCCUUAUCACCCAGCUUUGAGAUCCGCCCGUCUCCUCGCCCGAAUCUUUCUCUCCUUCCGCCUGGUGAUUUACAGGCCCGUGCACUCGCCAACUUGCGACUCCAGUCUCGCAAUUCCUUCACCGUCAUUCCCAAGAGUCGUGCGGCCAUUUCGUCACCUGGCAGCACCGCCCCAUCCAGCCCUGUCCUUUCCCCCCCAUCCCCACGACCCCUGGUGGGUGUGGCAGCUUCAGAGCUCGCAGUGCCAACCCCCUUGCCCGCUUCCUUCAUACCCUCCACACCAAAGCUUACAGAAAAGGUGACCAUAGAAGCCAAAACAGAGUCUCCACAACAUACCCCUCCUGCCACACCCACCUCUCCAGCCCCAGUUUCUCCGCCCUCAAUUGGCUCACCCGUCAAAUCAGUCCCGUCUCCAAAGGAACCUCCGGUUGAUAAGCUGCCUAUCACAAACAUUGAUGACAUAGUCGUGGAGACCACGCCACCCGUCCUGAGCCCUGCAGUGCAGAGGCGCAAAGGAAAUACGUUUACAGUUGUUCCGAAACGGAGGCCUGAGGCCCAGUCUGGCCCUGCUGAGAACCCAGAAGUCGUCAGUGAGUCUCAGAGCACACCACAGGCCCCUUAUGCCCAUCUGGGAACCCUGAUUAAAAAGCGUUACCCUGCUGCAGAGGAGAUAGAGGUCAUUGGGGGCUACCUCUCCCUUGGGCGAUCCUGUCUCUCGAAGACUGGCUCAACAGGAAAAAAGCUGAAAAUAUCCUUCAAUGAGUCCAGCUUGCAGAGCACUUUUGAAUACCCGUCUGAGAGCAGUGUGUGGGACAGUGGAGAGGACGAGGAGGAAGGAGAAGAAAAAGGAGGAGAUGAUGAUGGAGGGAUCAUUGCAGGGAGGAUAAGCAUUCCUCGUGCCAGCUACACCAGCUCACCCACUCACUCCAACAACACCACGGAUCUUUCCAGUUACACACCUAAACACUCGGUGGAGUUUAAUGCCUGGCAAGAACACAAGCUUGAUGAGUCUGCUCACCAGGGGGAAGAUACUUCACAGAGUACAGAAGGGGUCAUGCUGACACCUGCUGAUAGCUCCUCUCUGUCAGACUUCAGCAGUGAACCAGCCCUCUACUUCUAAACCUUCCAGAUGUCUGGAAAAUACGGGACCAACCAUUGCCUGCCAGCACCAGCCUGGAUGCAAAGAAACAACUUCCGGAACAAUGGGACCAGUAGCAACCAGCACGGAAACAUACAUUCCGUAUUCUAUGCCCAUGCACCAUCAUCGUCAACAGCAGGACUGUCCUCAUUGCUGAUCCACACAGCGGAUGUGUCACUCACAUUUAACCUCCUGUUGCCACCGAUUGUGAUUAUGAUGGACAUGGAAAAUGGCUCAAGCAGCCAUUCCACUCUUGAAUUUCACUCUUCCAUCACAUACUUGCUCUACGUAUGUAAUCCUCACCUCAUGAAAGUGACCAAAUUUCUAAAAGAGAGAAAGAUGAGAGACUUUUCUUAAAAUAGAGAAGGAAACUUGGAGUGUGUGUAAUGGGACUCCAGAAAGAGACAAUAAUAGGGUGGAGCAACAAAAAAUGAAAUAAGUGACUUACGUAUGACUGGUAAAAGGGUGCCACAAUUCGUGUUCUUUGUGAUGUUUUUGUAUGUGCAUGUGUAGGUCUGUAUUGACAUGACUCCCAAACUAUAGAAGUCCUCCACUUUAGUUUCAUAUGUUUCCCUUUGUAUGUCUGUGUUUCGUUCAAGGUAGGCAUUUCUAAUGCACAUGCUGAUAUACUAUACAGCUGAAAUGCUAACAACAUGUUAGUGUUGACUUAGUGAUCCUAGGUCUGUUUUAAAGAGCAGCUUUUAAUUGGCAAGCUGGUAAACACAUCCAAUAUUGCUUUUCUUUUUUAUGGUAAUAGAAUCUAUUAAUCACUCCACAUUUUAGUCCUAACUCGGAUCACAAAUGCAAUCAUAAAUGCAAGUCAAUCUUGUGAAGACAUGCCCAGGUUAAAUUUCACCCCUAUAGCAUAAAUACAACGAAGUCUGUUUUUAGGACUACCAUUGUGAUAUUAAAUUUUUAUGACAUUUACACGUUUCCUUCCUUCUCAUAACCUACAUGCUACAUGCUCAUUAUCAUAAUCUAGUGUUUUUACAGUAAAAAAAAAAAUACUGCAAUUACAGUUUUCAUUGUAUUAUUAAUUUUUUUUUUUUACAUUAUGGUAAUGAUAAUUUCAGUGGGAUGGGUUGUAUCUAAUUCAACUUCUAAUAAUCCUCAAAAUACUGUUUAAGCAAAAUGCAACACAAGCAUUAUUCCCUCACUCUUGGAGUGAAAUAUGACCUGGAAGUGUUCUUGACAGGCUUUGUGAGAUUUAUGCUGUGCAAAGUUGCAUCAGUUUGUCAAUAUUUGUGCUUCGGUUUAUGUGUUUUGAACUGGACAUUCUUGCAGUACGUAUGGGGAGUGGUCAAUUUUAGUUAUGAUGGAAACAUUAGUUUGUGAGUUUGUGAGUGGGCACGCUGUAUGCAUGGGCCACGUGUGUGUGCGAAACAUGAAGACUACAUGCACACAAUGCCAACUGACUUGAGUGUGUCAUAUCUGUUAAAUGACUUUGGCGUAUCUGCUGACGUGUCUCCUCAGCCUCUCCGACCAGUAUUGAUGUAUAGUUUGUACACUCCAGGAUGAAGUUUUCAUAAUUUAUUUCAUGCAUCUUUUAUCACUUUUUCAUAUUUUUAGUCACAGGGCAAGCAGUAGCACUAAGGUGCUUUUGGAUUUUUUUUUUUGAUAAUUUGACAUCAUGUACAACGUUACAUGAGUGUUGUUAGGACAGCUUACAUCUUAGUCCUGUGCUUUUGUAUUCAUUCAUUUGCACUGUUCUGUUUUUGCUUUAUUUUGCACCUUACGCAGCUCUUGGUUGGAAUAAUGCCUUUUAGGGAUCUAAUAUCAGUUUCAUACUGUAAUUUAUUUCACAAAAAAUAGUAUGUGUAUCCAUUGGUAGCAUAACAUUGACUUGAAGCACCAGCUAUCAGCUCAAAACUGCUGAUCAAUAUUUUCUGCACAAUUAUUUUUUAAGACUCUGGCUUUGUUCACACUGACUGCACACAAUUCUGAUUUGGUUUCCUAAUUCAGUCUUUAGGACCGAUUGUCUGUGCUGUUAUUUUGAAGGUGGUGAAUUUGGAUCCAUUUGUUCAAACAGUCAAUAUCUGGUAUAAUGUAGACGUCAGCUUGUGUACGUCAGGUUUUGAUUGUUCUCGUAACAUUUACCAUCAUUGGAAUUUUAUUUUUUAUUUUUUAAAUAUACUAAAAUUUAAAAUAAUUUCAGGUUGCAGCAUUUCACAAUAUUACUGUUUUUACUGUAUUUUUGCUAAAUGCAGCCAUGGUGAGCAUAAGAGACAUGUCCCUUUUUUUUGAACGGUAGUGUGUUUGAAACUUGCCGCCUGUCUGAACAAAGUCUUUGAACCCAUGGUUUUUCAUGUCACAUAAUUAAGGGCAAAUUUUAUGCAAGAGAAUGUUCAAAUAAGGCUAUUUCACCAAGUGUUAGAAUUCAACGAAGUCUUACUGUUCAUUGUAGUUCAGUAUGUCACUUUAGCACAUUCCAGUCUAUAACAAUUCCUCCAGAUAUUCUUUGCAAACAUGAAAUAUUCUUGAGGGUUGUAUAUUAGAUGUUUAGAGGGUUGGGAACUAUUGCUUUUGUGUCUUACAAAAUGUAAUGCCACUUCAAGUGCUUCAUUAGUUCCUGUAACUCUAGUCAAGCUGCUCAUUGCUCUGGUGGUUAAUGUACUGUAUGUCAAUUUUCUUCAUCCUUUUUUUUUCUUCAUCAAGAGAAUAUUAAAUGUACAAUUUGGUUUUGAUGAAUUUAGAGGAGAAAAAAUGUCAAGGAAAUGUCAAAUAAACAAAUGAAGGCUA